UCAAGAUGGCGGCGGAGGGCAGGUCGACAACAACAACAACAACAACAACGUUAACAAGCACCGCUGGCUCUGGACAGUCCUGAAGGGGGCAACUACUUCCCCUCCCGGGCACCCAGCCACACACUUUCCCGCCUCGUCGUCUGUUAUUUCUGUUUUUUUUGAAAGAUAUAAAUAUUUUGCAGGAGGGGAGCCCAAAAACAGACAGUUUCAUUGGUUUAACUACAACAACAAGCCCCCCCCCCCCAAAAUAAUCUGGUGUUUUUAAAAUUUCUAAUAUCAUCUUUUAAAAGACUUCAGGAGGGGGUUUAACUUCUCUUUUCUUUUAAAAAAAAAUGCACAUCUAUGUAAUGAUAGUAAUGAGGCAAUGUUCACUUUAAGGGAGAGGUGUUGGAUCCAGAGCAGAUGCUACCAGACCUGCUGAUCUUCUCCGGCACUUCGUCAUUUUCGAUUUCCAGUGGCUGCAGUUUCUUUUCUUAAAAACAGGGACUGGAAUCAGUCCUGGAGCAGGCUCUGCUAACCUGUGGAUCACCUUGAGGCACUUGGCAGGAUGGGGGAUAGGAGCAAUGAACUGGAUCUGAAGCCUGACUUCAGGAAUGGCAGCCUGUCCAGUAGCCCUGAGGACACGGAAGAGGCCCGUGAGUCCUCGUCUGGUAUUGAGGUGGAAGCGUCCGAUCUGAGCCUGAGCCUGACUGGGGACGAGCACAUGGCAGAAGACGAAGAGGAGGAAGACAGGGAGCGGCGAGGGGAAGGGAUCAGGCAUGGCACGGAGAAGGAGAGCUCAGAUGAGCGGGACUCUGACUCCUUGGAGGACACCGGCACAUACUCCAUUGUGGAUGAGGAGGAUGACGAGGACGAUGAGGAGGGAGAGGAACGGGAGGAGGAGGAAAGUAAGAUGGAGGAUGGGCAGCCAGAACCACGCGCCCGGCGCCGCCGAGGGCCAAAACGAGCCAGUGAGCCGGAGCGUGAUUCCUCUGAGGAAGAGGCUGCGCUGGAGCGCUGGGUGCACUCGGAGGUGGCAGCUUUACCUCCACCCACCUGGUGUGCUGCUCCAGCCCUGGGGGGCCGUGAAAUUGGCCGGGACCCCCGUGCCUUUAUGUACCGGGCGUGCGGAGCGCGGACCUUUGUGGAACGCCUGAGGCUGCAGCACAGCCUGGAGCACCAUGCCGGCUGUGUUAACACGUUGCACUUUAACCGCCGUGGGACCUGGCUGGCCAGCGGCAGCGAUGACCUCAAAGUGGUAAUCUGGGACUGGGCUCGGCGGAAGCCUGUCCUUGAGUUCGACAGUGGUCACAAGAGCAAUGUCUUCCAGGCCAAGUUCCUGCCGAACAGCGGUGACUCCACGCUGGCGAUGUGCGCUCGUGACGGCCAGAUUCGUAUUGCUGAGCUGUCAGCCACAGAAUGUUGCAAGUCGACCAAGCGAGUGGCCCAGCACAAGGGCUCUGCACACAAGCUAGCGCUGGAGCCGGACUCCCCGUGCACCUUCCUGUCAGCUGGAGAGGACGCUGUGGUCUUUGCGAUUGACCUGCGCCAAGAAAGGCCAGCAUCGAAGCUGGUUGUCACCAAGGAGAAGGACAAAAAGGUCGGCCUGUACACCAUCUACAUGAACCCCUCCAAUACCCACCAGUUUGCUGUUGGAGGGAGGGAUCAGUACGUCAGGGUGUAUGACCAGCGCAAGUUAAAUGAGAACGAGAACAAUGGUGUACUGAAGAAGUUCUGCCCUCAUCACUUAAUCAACAGCGAAUCGAAAGCCAACAUCACAUGUCUGGUCUACAGCCACGAUGGCUCUGACCUGCUAGCGAGUUACAACGACGAGGAUAUCUACCUCUUCAACUCGUCCCACAGCGAUGGUGCAGAUUACGUCAAGCGUUACAAAGGACAUCGCAAUAAUGCUACAGUCAAAGGGGUGAAUUUCUACGGCCCCAAGAGUGAGUUUGUCGUGAGUGGAAGUGACUGUGGCCAUAUCUUCCUCUGGGAGAAGUCAUCCUGUCAAAUUGUCCAGUUCAUGGAGGGUGACAAAGGAGGAGUGGUGAAUUGUCUUGAGCCACAUCCUCACCUUCCUGUCCUAGCAACCAGCGGUCUCGACCACGAUGUGAAGAUCUGGGCGCCCACGUCAGAAGCUGUGAACGGGUUGUCCGGAUUAACAGAGGUGAUCAAGAAGAAUAAGCGUGAGAGGGACGAGGAUUGUCUCCGUCACACUGAUCUCUUCGACAGCCACAUGCUGUGGUUUUUGAUGGACCAUCUGAGACAGAGCAGGCACCGCCAGCGGCCGAGGGAUUCUGCGGUUGGACCUGAGGAAGAGUCAGAGGAUAGUACAAGUUCCUCUGAGUCAUCAGAUGAGGAGGGGGACGGUCCUGACCGGGUGCAGUGCAUGCCUUCCUGAGGCGGAAGGUGGCGGGAGGAUGGAGAGGGAGAUACAGACACACAGACUGAGCACCAGGCGCAUGAACUGAUCCUGUCUGACAGCUGCAGCUUGAGGACAGCGAAUGUGUCUGUUUUGAAACUGUCCUUCACUCUGUGCCAUCACGCUGAUUAGAGGACAAGUCGCUUUGUCUGAGAGCAGCAGGAGGAUUGAAAGGGAUGUACGGAGCAGGGACAGGAAUAUCCUUGUGUGUAACAUGUCUCUCCACCACCACCACCACCAAAAUAGUGCACUCCAACUCCUUCCUUUAGACUUUGCACUCUCCCUUCUUUUGUUUGUUGUUCUCCCUGUCUGCACUCUCCCUUCUUUUGUUUCUUGUUCUCUCUCUCUCUCUCUCUGUCUCUCUCUCUCUCUGUCUCUCUCUCUCUCUGUCUCUCUCUCUCUGUGUCUCUCUCUCUCUGUGUCUCUCUCUCUCUGUGUCUCUCUCUCUCUGUGUCUCUCUCUCUCUCUGUGUCUCUCUCUCUCUCUGUGUCUCUCUCUCUCUCUGUGUCUCUCUCUCUCUGUGUCUCUCUCUCUCUGUGUCUCUCUCUCUCUGUGUCUCUCUCUCUCUCUGUGUCUCUCUCUCUCUGUGUCUCUCUCUCUCUGUGUCUCUCUCUCUCUGUGUCUCUCUCUCUCUGUGUCUCUCUCUCUCUGUGUCUCUCUCUCUCUGUGUCUCUCUCUCUCUGUGUCUCUCUCUCUCUGUGUCUCUCUCUCUCUCUGUGUCUCUCUCUCUCUGUGUCUCUCUCUCUCUGUGUCUCUCUCUCUCUGUGUCUCUCUCUCUCUGUGUCUCUCUCUCUGUGUCUCUCUCUCUGUGUCUCUCUCUCUCUGUGUCUCUCUCUCUCUGUGUCUCUCUCUCUCUGUGUCUCUCUCUCUCUGUGUCUCUCUCUCUCUGUGUCUCUCUCUCUGUGUGUCUCUCUCUCUGUGUGUCUCUCUCUCUGUGUGUCUCUCUCUCUGUGUGUCUCUCUCUCUGUGUGUCUCUCUCUCUGUGUGUCUCUCUCUCU